AUGUUCUGUCCCGGCACAUCUAUGGAUGCAGAUGGACGCAUCAUAGUAACGGGAGGCUCCAGCGCCUCAAAAACUAGCGUCCUUGACUUUAAAAAGGGCGAGUCCUCUUCAUGGACGCCGUUAUCCAACAUGCAAAUUUCAAGGGGGUACCAAUCGAGUUGUACAACUUCUGAAGGUAAGAUAUUCGUGAUUGGUGGCUCCUUUUCCGGAGCGGGCAAACGAGAUGGCGAGAUCUAUGAUCCCAAAGCCAACACUUGGACGAAGCUGGCCGGAUGCCCUGUUAAACCGCUGGUUAUGCAGAGGGGUAUGUUCCCCGACAGCCACGCUUGGUUGUGGUCAUGGAAGAAUGGAUACGUUCUUCAAGCCGGCCCCGCCAAGCAGAUGAACUGGUACGAUACCAAGGGUACCGGCGCAAACACGCCCGCCGGUUUGCGAGGUAUUGAUGACGAUUCUAUGUGCGGCGUCUCUGUGAUGUACGACGCGGUGGCAGGGAAAAUCUUCACUUAUGGUGGUGGCAAGGCUUAUACCGGCGUUACGUCGAGCAGCAACGCCCAUAUCCUGACUCUUGGCGAGCCCGGACAGGCCGUGCAGGUACAAAAGCUACAGAAUGGCAAGUAUAACCGCGGCUUUUCCAACGCCGUUGUGUUGCCCGACGGCAAAAUUUGGAUCGUUGGUGGAAUGCAACAAAUGCAACUCUUUUCAGAUAACACUCCCCAACUCACCCCAGAGCUGUUUGACCCAGCGACAGGCAACUUUACUCCCACGACGCCGCAUACCGUCCCGCGUAACUACCACUCCACAGCGCUUUUGAUGGCGGAUGCUACGAUCUGGUCCGGCGGGGGCGGUCUUUGUGGCGCGAACUGCAAGGAGAACCAUUUUGACGGACAGUUCUGGUCACCGCCAUACCUGUUCCAGGCCGAUGGGAAGACUCCAGCCCAGCGACCAGUGAUCCAAAGCCUGUCAGAAACCACUGUAAAGGCAGGAGCUCCGAUCACUAUCACCAUGCAGGAUGCCGGCACCUACAAAUUUAGCAUGAUUCGAGUCAGCGCCACUACGCACACAGUUAACACGGAUCAGCGACGGAUUCCCCUGGAGGGACAAGAUAGUGGAGAUGGCAAAGAGUUUACUGUCAAUGUCCCUAAUGACUACGGGGUCGCAGUCCCUGGGUACUAUAUGCUUUUUUCUAUGAAUGAGGCUGGAGUACCCUGUGUUGCCAGGUUCUUCAAAGUAUCUCUCUGA